CCCUUGCGCGUCACACGUCGUCACGUGAGAGGUGUCUCUGUUGAUGAUAGAGGGCCCAGCCAGCCCAGGCUUGGCUCUCUGAAAAGGAAUUUUGCACAAUAUUAAUCUCCUCCAUCAGAUAGGCCUUGAAUAAUAUCCCAUACAUAAGAUGAAUUAAUAACUGGCUGAUAAGAAAAUGGAGGAGAAUACAAACCAAGUAAGAAAAAAAAUCCCACUGUUUGCACAUGUGGCAAUGAGGGUCCCUCUUCUCUUCGCAUUCAACAGCUUACUCAACUGUGUGUCAUUGUCAUGGAGACAAAUUCUUGACAAGGUUUUUGUAAAUAAAGAUGACGAUUUAUUUGUUGCAGAGGGAAAUUCAUUUCCAAUUCUACACCUUUUUCUAUGCUUGUUAGGAGUAAUUUGUGUAUUUUUCCUGUUCAUCCUACCACCGCGGAUUAUUUCCAAGUUAUAUGUGCUUGUCAUAUCCUGUGGAAUUCUACAGGUAUCAUAUUGGUGGAACCAACAAUUCUUAAUGAAGCUGCACUCAAACAGCUCAACAGAGCAAUGGGACAUGAUGUUUCUCGAAAGACAACCAGAAUCAUGGAGACACUUAGAAAGCCACCAGAUAAUAUUUUCAAGAGACUUAUUAGUAUACGUUAUCCUCCAAUGUUCGUAUGCAUCAUUGUUUGCCAUCUUGCUAGGGCAACAUAUAGAUAUGUUUUUACCAAGAGCAGUAACAUUCUGCAAUUUUGUCAUGUUUUUACCUGUUAUGGUGGCUAUCAUUAUGCAUGAGCCAGGAGUUGAAAUACACCUAGGUCAAAACCUGAUAUCUACAUGCCAGAUUGUCACAAUCGUAGUAUCAUUAUUUGUUGUAACUUUGUGGCUCUGGUCUGUUAUAUUUGUUAGCAAGACUCUCAAGAUUUGUGAAUUUUUCCAAAUGAUUCGGACGAUCCGUCGAGAUUUUGGACUACAAGUUUUGAUUGAACACGAGUGGAAGCGGUUACGCGUGCCAACUCUGCUAAGAGUCUUCUGGAUAAGUAAUUCCUUGUGGUUAGCUUCCGGGCAUUAUAUUAAUCUCUGGUACAAGAGUAACGAUAUAGUUGCCCACCUAAAUUGGACAACUUUCACAGAGAUAGCCUCGGAAGUUGCAAUAGCUGGUUGCGGAUCAAUCAUUAUGCUUCUCGGUAUGAGUGCAGUGAUAGCUAAAAUAGCCAAUCAAAUAGGUUGCGUUGUACAUAUGAUAAUCAAAAGUACGGAUGAGGAAGAAAAGUACAUUGGAACUGUUUCCGCUGUUUUGUUCUUCAUUCUCGCACUUCAGACAGGUUUGACAGAAUUAGAAGGUGAAGCAAGAUUAGUUCGUCUUUUUAGAAAUUCUUGUCUUCUUUUUACAGCGAUUCUACACUUUAUUCAUAACAUGUUGAAUCAAGUGAUGUUAACUUUAGGAGCCUCACAGAACAUGUCAGUGAAACGUCACAUGCGUGUGUUGUUUGUCGAUUUCCUCCUUCUUGUUAUCCCGUUCCUUCUCUUUUAUCAUCUUUGGAUGUCAUAUGAAAUGAGUACGUGGAUCCUAGCUGUGUCUGCUUUCUGUCUUGAACUGUGUAUCAAAGUGAUGGUCACCACAUCUGUCUACACACUUUACAUGAUCGAUGCAUGCUGGAAUACUUAUUGGGAAAAUCUGGAUGACUAUGUCUACUAUUUAAAAGGAACAGGGAGUGUCAUUGAGUUCCUCUUUGGUAUUUUCUUAUUUUUCAACGGUGGUUGGAUACUUUUAUUUGAGUCCGGUGGCAUAAUACGAUUAAUUAUGAUGAGCAUACACGCCUAUUUUAACAUUUUUGUACAAGCCAAAGAUGGCUGGAAGAUGUUUCAAAAUCGCAGGACUGCUGUAAGUAAAAUAAACAGCUUAGAAUAUGCAACGCAAACACAGUUAUCAGGACACGAUGACGUUUGUGCAAUCUGCCACCAUGAAUUGCAAACGGCGCGUGUCAUGCCUUGCGGCCAUUUAUUCCAUGGAGUGUGUUUACGCAAGUGGCUAUAUGUACAGGAUGUCUGCCCACUGUGUCAGAAAAAACUUGUAGAAAAAAACAAAGUUGAAAAAAAUGUAGUUGAAAGAGUGGAGGAUGAACCUCCAGAAAUUGCCCAGGCUUUACAAAAUGACCCUCAAGAAGUUGCCCAGGCUUUGCAGAAUGAACCAAGACAGAACUCAAAUAGAGAGAAUGAGCAGGGUACUGGCAAUAUAACUCAAGAUAAUACUGAACAAGAAAACUCACCAGUAAGGACUUUAGAUCAUCGGAAUGAUAUCGAGCAGUUUAGUGAUACAGACGAUGAAAACUCACUAUCUGGUUCUAACCAUGUGAUGAUGAGCGUGAGACAUAGGAGACAUUGUCAAACAUCUAGGGAUAUAUUUGUUGAAAAUGUUGCCCAGGGAAGUGAAGCAAAAGUCUUUGAAAAUGGCCAACAUGGAUAUUUGGGUAAUUUGGGAAACAUUUCAUCAUCAUCAUCAUCUGAUGGAUUUGAAGAAUAAAUAUAAUUCUCAAAUUAGUCUGAAUUUCCAUUUCAAUUAACUUAUAAUUCCAUUUCAAAAUUUUAUUUUGCGAUAUAUGUAUAAUAGUUUGUAUUGCCUAACCCACAAACUUGGUGUAUCGAAAUGGGGGGGGGGUGAGAUGAUGGAGGAUGUGAAAGUGAAGUUGGACUCAAUGAUUAAGUGAGGUGUUUUGAGAUGAUUUUUAACUGCGUAGCAUGAUUUUUUUUUAAUUUUUUUUUUGCUUUGAACAUUUUCAAUGGGGGAUGCAAGCCCUUCCCCCUCCCAUGCAUCCCCUAGAUACAGCACUGUUAUCAGGUAUGAUAUCACUAGUUCAAGAUAUCAAUAUCAGAUCUAAUCAGUUGAGAUUUAAUUACAUCAUAAUGUUGUAUUUUAGUUAUGGACUGAUGAGAUCAGUUCUUGAUGUUUAGUAGCUAUGAUUUAAUGGCCUAAGUUCAUGAUAUCAUCAGUUGUAAUCUGAUGACACAAGUUUACAGUGUGAUCAUCAUUUGUGUGGUGACAUCAGUUGUGAUCUGAUGACAGUUUAUGAUGUCAUCAGUUGUGAUCUGAUAACAUCAGUUGUAUCUGAUGACAUUACCAGUUGUAAUCUGUUGACAUCAUCAGUUGUAGACUGAUAGCACCAUCAGUUGUGAUCCGAUGACAUUAUCAGUUUUGAUUGAUGAUAUCAUCAAUUGUAUCAUAAGUCAGGGGCAGAUUUGGAGGGGCGGCCCACCCCCGACUCCCCCUUUUGGGAAGUAAAAAAAAAAGAGGAGAAAAUAAAGAAAGAAAAAGAAAAAACUGAUAGCCCAGAAUGCCUCAAAUGUUAUUUUCGGGCGUCUAGAACACAAACAUUUAGUGGGGUAUACCCCUGGACUCCCUAGGACAGUUUUGUCUGGAUCAGACCAACUUUCGGCCCCCCCCCCCUUUUUGGACAUCUCUGGAUCCGCCCCUGCAAGUUGUGAUGCAAUAGCAUCAUCAGUUUGAUCUGAUGACAUCAUCAAUUUUAAUCUGAUAGCACCAUUAUUUGUAAUCUGAUAGCAUCAUCAGUUGUAAUCUGAUAGCAUCAUCAGUUGUGAUCUGAUGACAUCAGAGUUGUCAUAUAUGCCAACUUUUAAAAAUAAACUAUAAGGAUUGUUUCCAUGA